AUGCCUUCUCGACCAUCAUCAUCCUUACGAGCAAUCGCCUCAUCCCGAUUCGCCAGUACUUCCUCCAUUCCCAUACCUCCUUCUUCUUCUUCAUCAUCUUCCACUUUAACCCAAGCUGCAUCCUCGAAACCUUCAUCAGCACCUCCUUCAGAUCCCAAUAGGGUAUAUACAGCUAGAAAGACGUUCUUGUGCAAUUAUUAUACACAUUUGAUCGAACGUUCACAAUUGAUAUUGGUGUUUGAUCAUGCUAAUAUAUCAGCUUCUGAAUGGUCAAAAAUAAGAAGAUCAAUAACAGCAAUUCCAUUACCUACAAAACCAUUUGAUGUCAAUUCAUCAUUACCGUCAUCGUCAUCGUCAAAUCCAGGUGAAGUGGUCAAGGGGGAGUCUGAAAAGAUUGAAAGAGCAAGUUUAAAUGUAGUUAGAACCGGACUUAUUUCAUCUUUAUUAUCUAAGAACAAUUCACCAUUAGCAUCAUCAUUGACAUCUGGUCAAAGAGCGUUAUUAACUUGUCCUUCAUUAUCUCCGACGUAUUUAUCCAAAAUAAUGACGACACUCAAUCGAUCGAUAAAAUCAAUCAAAAGAGAAAAUACAACCAAACAACCUACGUUAAAUUUGAUAUCAGGUUUAUUGGAAGGUAAUAAAUUGAUGAACCCAGUUCAGUUAAAUGAAAUCUCGAAAUUACCUGAAUUAGAUAUCUUGAGAGCUCAAUUAGUCGGUUUAUUGCAAUCUCAACCUAGACAAGUCGUAGGUCUGUUGUCACAAGCCGCAGGUGGUCAAUUGGUAAGAACUCUACAAGGUUUAGAACAUGGUUUGAAAGGUGAAAGUGAAGAAAAGAGUGUAUGA